AUGAGUCCAUCGAUGGCGGCCUCGCCUGACUCUCCUGCCUCUCUUGCAUCUUCCGAUUCUGAUUCGGAUUGGGAGACUGAUGAUUCUGAACCUCGCCCUUCUGCACCACGCAACUCAAACGGACGCGGAAACACAACUAUCCGACGUCGUCGACAGAUCAGAGAAGUCUUAUCACCUGCAUUCGACAUGUCUCCCUUUGGUGAUGGCGCUCUGGGCGACUUCAUGUAUGGACUUGAGGCAAAUGGCUUUGGUUCGAUGCUCAGAGACGCUGGUAUACCGCACAUGGGUUCUGAGUAUGGUGACUUUGGUACCUUUGACGAUUCCGACAGUUCUGACUCCGAAGAUUCUGACUCUGAUGAUUCUGAUGAGUCUAGCGAUUCUGACGACGAGGACGAUCCUGGCGACUCUGACGAUUCCGACAGCGAAGACGAUGAUUCUUCCUCUUCCUCUUCAGGCGACUCCUCUGAUGAUUCAGACUCCCAACAGAGGAAGAAACGUCGCGUUGAAGACGCCAGGGCCGACGAUUCUUCUUCAGAUGACUCUUCCGAGGAGGAAGCAGAGGACUGGGCCGUAUGGGAGAGGAAGAUAAAGGCAGAGCACCAAGCCAGGGCCGCCGCUGCUGCAACAAAGACUUCUUCUAAUGGCCCCUCCAAACAGCCGACAUCAGCACAACCUCCAGUCGAAGCUCAGAAAACCCAAGAUGAGAUAAAUGCCUCCUCAUCAACGGCCCAAGGCAACUUCCAAGACAACGACUCGAACUCAGCACAACCUCCAGACAAGAUCCAGCAACGCGAGGAUGAUCCGGAUACUGCCUCACCAACCGUGGAAGAGAAGUCCACCGAAGCUCGUAAUCGCGGUAGUGAUCUGUAUCGCAAGCGCUUAUUCGAUGAGGCGACCAAGGCAUACUUUGAAGCUCUGUCGCUUACUCCCAAUGAUCCUGCACCACUCUCCAACCUCUCAGCUGUACAAUUCGAGCUAGGAGGCUACCCUGGAUCCAUAAAGUACGCCGAGAAGGCCCUUCAGUUGCUCAACAACGAAGCAGAUUCCAACCCGAAGAAGCAGAAACUCUUCUCCAGACUUGCGAGGGCACAAGCACUUCAGCUACAGAACGCAGCACCUUUGGUAUCCAAAUUCGAGUCCUCCGAUACGAUCCGCAACAGUGCUAUUCAAGCAGGAGUCACUUGGAUGGGUGACGAGAUCAAGCUUUCUCUAAGACCUUCCCCCGAACCGGAAAACUCGGCCAAGCCUACAGACGCAACAUACCCAGCCUUUAAGGCCACUAUCGCCUCAAAGAGGACCACUGCAGAAUCAUCCGCAUCCAGAACACAGAAACCAUCACCAUCAUCCAUACCAGCGCACAUCUCCAACGACAUCGAUCGCAAACUUAUCAAGGAGUUCCAAAUCACUGUUUCUCUUCUAGCAUCCAUCGUCACUACCAACGCAAAAGAACCAGGCUUGUCCAAAUCCGAGAGAAGAGAUCGUCGAGAAUACGUCCGCGUCGUCAAUGAACUCCGUCGUCGCGCAGACCCCACCUUCAAGCCUCCCAUGCCUAGCGAAUUCAGAACCUGGCCUCUUCUCGAGCUCCUUUGUGAAGUCAGAGGAGCUGAAUUCAUAGCGGUCCAUGGAAACCUGUUGCCAAAGAACCUGUACUGCCAGAGACAUAUCUGUAGACUUGUUGCUGGUACGGUUCUUUCGCUGGACACGCCUAGCAAGAAGUCAUUGGAGUACAUGAAGGACUUUGACGAGCAUAUCCGAGCCAGAAGGAUACUGUACAACUCCACAACCGCUCCGGAGGCACCCGUAUCGGAGAAAGAAGCAUUAUCACCGGCAUCGAUGCCAGAUCACAUAUCCAACGACGUCGACCGCAAACUAGUCAGGGAGUUCCAAACCACCCUCUCCCGUUUUGCCGACGCCGCCGCCAAAGAUGCGAACGACGAGCAUCCAUAUAUGCCCAAGUCGAUCAGAAAAGCCCGUCGAGAAUACGUCCGUGUCGUCGAUGAGCUUCGUCAACGUACAGAUCCUAGCUUUGCACCAUUCAAACCAACCAAGUUCGAGAAGUUGUCAGAUGGAGAUCUCAUCAACGAAGUCAGAGAAGCAGAAAUGAUGGUCAUCAUGGCUCCGCUGUUACCCAAGAAUAAACAAUGCCAGCUACAUAUCUGCAAGCUUGUCUCUGGCGAGAUGCCUUCGUUGGAGGUGCCGAGCAGUGAGUCUCUGAACUUUGUGGAGGAGUUUGACAAGCACAUUGAGACGAGGAAGAGAUAUGACGCGUGGAAAGAGAAGGAGGUCAAGGAGCCCAAAUCGGAAGGACAGAUGAACCCAGAUUGUGCUCCACAUUAUGCCCUGACUACACACAUUCGCGUAUCGGUGUCAUCGAUCUCAGUAUGCUCCUGGCAGGUGAAGCAAUUCCGAAUUGGUUGA